CUCAAUUCCAUGCUCUGAUAGUAGUCACUGGUUUAAACCAACUACUAAUUUGCACUUUGCCUUCUUUUUGCAAUUUGUGCGCGUUCACCUUUUUCUUUUUCUGCUUCGAUUCACCAGCAUUCAUUGCCCUCUGUGGGUAAGGAUAGCACCCCGCCAAAAUGCAGGCUCCGGUGGUGGUAAUGAACACCCAAAGUGGGGAUAGACAGGUCGGCAGGAAGGCUCAAUUAUCCAAUAUCACAGCUGCAAAGACUGUCGCAGAUAUUAUUCGAUCAUGUCUCGGUCCGAAAGCCAUGCUGAAGAUGCUUCUCGAUCCCAUGGGUGGUAUUGUUCUGACCAACGACGGCCACGCAAUUCUCAGAGAAAUCGAAGUUGCCCACCCCGCGGCCAAAAGUAUGAUCGAGCUGAGCCGGACACAAGAUGAAGAAGUUGGCGAUGGAACAACUACGGUCAUUAUUUUAGCGGGUGAGAUUUUGGCAUACGCACUUCCACAACUCGAACGAAAUAUUCAUCCCGUUGUCAUCAUUUCCGCGUUUAAACGAGCUCUCAGUGAUGCCCUUGCCAUAGUGGAGCAGAUCUCCAUACCCGUCGACAUCGACGAUGACAAGGCAAUGUACAGCUUAAUACAAUCGUCGAUUGGCACGAAAUUUGUUUCCCGGUGGUCCGAGCUCAUGUGCGGCCUGGCAUUGAAAGCUGUGCGCACUGUUUCCCUCGAUGCUGGUGGUGGAAAGAGGGAGGUCGAUAUUAAGCGAUAUGCUCGUGUUGAGAAGAUCCCUGGUGGUCAGAUUGAGGACAGUGAAGUGAUUGACGGAGUCAUGAUUAACAAGGACAUUACGCAUCCAAAGAUGAGGCGGAGAAUUGAGAACCCGAGGAUCAUUCUCCUUGACUGUCCUUUGGAAUACAAGAAGGGAGAGUCACAGACGAACAUCGAGAUCUCUAAGGAAGAGGACUGGAAUAAGAUCUUGCAGAUCGAGGAAGAACAGAUCAAGCAUAUGUGUGAUGCGAUUUUGGCCCUCAAGCCUGAUCUUGUUAUCACUGAGAAGGGCGUAUCUGAUUUGGCUCAACAUUUCUUGGUUAAAAACAAUGUCACUGCACUACGUAGAGUUCGGAAGACGGACAAUAACCGCAUUGCCCGUGCAACGGGUGCCACCAUCGUUAAUCGUGUCGAUGACUUGCAAGAAUCGGAUGUGGGCACUCAGUGCGGUCUUUUCGAGAUUGAGAAAAUUGGCGAUGAAUAUUUUGCAUUUAUGCGCAAAUGCAAGCAGCCGAAAGCCUGCACAAUUUUGCUUAGAGGACCAUCAAAAGAUAUUUUGAACGAAAUCGAGCGGAACUUGCAAGAUGCUAUGGCGGUUGCCCGAAAUGUCAUUUUUCAUCCUCGCCUAUCACCCGGUGGAGGUGCGACUGAAAUGGCCGUCUCUGUGAGACUUGGUCAGUUGGCCAAAACAGUUGAGGGUGUCCAGCAAUGGCCAUACAAGGCUGUUGCCGAAGCGAUGGAAGUGAUUCCACGGACAUUGGCUCAGAACGCAGGACAGAACCCUGUUCGAGUUUUGACUGGUCUGAGAGCCAAGCAAGUUGAAGGUCAUAGCAGUUAUGGCAUCGACGGAGACACUGGCGCUAUCGUGGACAUGAGAGAAUACGGUGUGUGGGAACCAGAGGCGGUUAAGCUACAAAGCAUCAAAACUGCCGUUGAGUCUGCUUGCUUAUUGCUCCGUGUCGAUGACAUUUGCAGCGCCAAGUCCUUGAAGCAAGCUGCCAAUGUCGGUGGCGGCGAGGAGUAGGCUGCUCGUCUCCCCAUUGCGGAUAGAUAAAAUAGCAUAGACAAAGGAAGUAAUUGCAA